AUGAAGGACAAUGGCCUGAAUAUAUGUCAAAGGAAGUACUCUCUUGAUAUCUUAGAAGAAGUCGGUUUCCUCGACUGCAAACCGGUUGCCACUCCCAUUGUUCCUGGACAACGAUUGACUAAGGACACUGGUUCCCCUCUUACUGAUGCAGCUCCAUACAGACGGCUUGUUGGUCGCUUACUAUAUCUAACGGCAACUAGGCCAGAUCUUGCGUAUGCCACACAACAAUUGAGUCAUUUUGUAGACUCUCCAACAUCUGAACACAUGAGUGCUGCUCACCCUGUCCUUCGCUACAUUAAAGGAGCUCCUAGACAAGGCCUAUUGUAUCCAACAAACACUGCAGUUCAGUUGAAUGUGUUUGCAGACUCUGACUGGGCUUCUUGUCCAGAAACUUGCAGGUCCAUUACAGGAUUUUGCAUCUUCCUAGGCUCUGCUCUCAUCUCAUGGCGCUCAAAGAAGCAAAUGACCGUUUCUCUUUCUUCUUCAGAGGCAGAGUAUCGUGCCUUUGCAUUUCUACUGUUUGUGAGACACAAUGGAUAA